AUGGCUCCUUUCCGAAAGCGGAGUAAAAGUUACCCGUUCCUGAGCCAGGAGUUUCUGAUCCAGAACCACGCCGACAUUGUGUCGUGUCUGGUUGUGUUGGUGCUGAUCGGGCUCAUGUUCGAGGCCUUUGGUGCAGUGGAAGCCAUGUCAGACAGGAUCUGUAUCCAUUCCAAAGGGCAGGUCAAUGUGGACAUCUCAGCUGAGGACCUCCUGACCUGCUGUAAACUGGAAUGUGGGAAUGGUUGCAAUGGUGGCUACCCUUCCGGAGCCUGGGAAUUCUGGACUCAAGAUGGUCUCGUUUCAGGAGGUCUUUACCAGUCACAUAUAGGUUGUCGGCCAUACUCAAUUCCCCCAUGUGAACACCAUGUUAAUGGAUCUCGGCCACACUGCAGUGGAGAGGUUGAGACUCCCAGAUGCUCCAAGCAAUGUGAAGCCGGUUACACCCCAAAGUACCGCAGUGACAAACAUUAUGGUCUUACUUCAUAUGGACUUAGUUCGGAUGUUACUGAGAUUAUGACUGAAAUCUACAAGAAUGGGCCAGUGGAAGCUGCCCUCUUAGUCUACACUGACUUCCUGCAAUACAAGUCAGGUGUAUACCAACAUGAGGUUGGGGAGUCGCUGGGUGGUCAUGCCAUCAAGAUUUUGGGUUGGGGCAAAGAGAAUGGAACCCCCUACUGGUUGGUUGCCAACUCCUGGAACACAGACUGGGGGGAUAAUGGUUUCGUCAAGAUCUUGCGGGGCAGCAAUGAGUGUGGAAUCGAAUCGGAGGUUGUAGCUGGAAUCCCCCGUGACAUCAGCCAUACCAACUUCUAGUGAGAUGCUGAUCUCCUCAUAGGCACCAUCCUACCAGUGAGACUCCGAGCCCAGCAUACAAUGCAUUACUGUCAUUACAUUGGGGUACGGCGUGGGACUUAAAUGGAGAGAUUGACAUAGUGCACUGAUGUCUAACUAACCAAGGAGCAUGUUCCUCCGGGUCUCAGAGUCUCUAAGCACAGUUACCCAUUUCAAAUCAUGUCAAUCGAUCCGAUUUUAACAAGCUUCUUUUAAUACACAGUAACUGGUUCUCAGCUAUGACAAUCUCUCUUGCUUAUCGCUUUGUUUCUUUCACCAUUUGUCUCCCCCUCUCUGUUCAGUACGCUAAGUGUUACACACUAACACACUAUUUUAAACAAACUCAAAAUACAUUUUAUCUGAAUAAAGUUUCUGAAAUUU